CGUCUCCAUGGCAACGCGGGGCUUUGCCUGUCUCCGCCUCCACGGGCCCGCAGACCGGAAGCAGUUUGCGCCGGGGGUUUCUGGGAAACGGCUUGUGUGCGGCGUUUCUGCGUCUGCUGUGGACAGCGAAGCUGCUGCGGUUCCUGAGCCAGAGGAGUGCCUGUGAAGAAAAGGGAGUCUUUUCCUGAGGCAUCUAUCCUGCCUUGAUUGUCUUCAGAAGUAUCAUAAAUCAGAAUGUCAGCACAGUCAGUGGAAGAAGAUUCCAUACUUAUCAUCCCAAAUGCAGAGGAAGAGGAGAAAAUUCUGCGAGUGAAGCUGGAGGAGGAUCCCGAUGGUGAAGAGGGAUCCAGUAUCCCCUGGAAUCAUCUCCCUGACCCGGAGGUUUUCCGACAGCGGUUCAGGCAGUUUGGAUACCAGGAUUCACCAGGGCCACGCGAAGCUGUGAGCCAGCUCCGGGAACUUUGCCGUCUGUGGCUCAGGCCAGAGACCCACACAAAAGAACAGAUAUUGGAGUUGGUAGUGCUGGAGCAGUUUGUUGCUAUCCUUCCCAAGGAGCUGCAGACAUGGGUUCGAGAGCAUCAUCCAGAGAAUGGGGAGGAGGCAGUGGCCGUGCUGGAGGAUUUGGAGAGUGAACUUGAUGACCCCGGACAGCCGGUUUCUCUUCGUCGGCGAAAGCGGGAAGUGCUUGUAGAAGAGAUAGUGUCUCAAGAAGAGGCUCAAGGGUUACCAAGUUCUGAGCUUGAUGCUGUGGAGAACCAGCUCAAGUGGGCAUCCUGGGAGCUCCAUUCCCUACGGCACUGUGAUGAUGAUGCUAGGACUGAAAAUGGAGCACUGGCUCCAAAGCAGGAGAUCCCUUCGGCAGCAGAAUCUCAGGAAGUUCCUGGCACUCUGAAUAUAGGUGUUCCUCAGAUUUUUAAAUACGGAGAAACUUGUUUCCAAGGCAGGUUUGAAAGAAAGAGAAAUCCCUCUCGGAAGAAACAGCAUAUAUGUGAUGAAUGUGGAAAACAUUUCAGUCAGGGCUCAGCCCUCAUUCUUCAUCAAAGAAUCCACAGUGGGGAGAAACCUUACGGAUGUGUUGAGUGUGGGAAAGCCUUCAGCAGAAGCUCCAUCCUUGUGCAACACCAGAGAGUCCAUACUGGAGAAAAACCUUACAAAUGUCUUGAAUGCGGGAAAGCCUUUAGCCAGAAUUCUGGGCUUAUUAAUCAUCAGAGAAUCCAUACUGGGGAGAAACCGUAUGAAUGUGUUCAGUGUGGGAAAUCAUAUAGUCAAAGCUCAAAUCUUUUUAGACAUCAGAGAAGACACAAUGCAGAAAAACUUCUGAAUGUUGUGAAAGUUUGAGAAAUUAAAAAAAAAAAAUCAGCACUCAGGUCUUUUUCUUCAGAAAUGAAGACAAAAUUUAAAACAUGAAAUAUUACAUAAUAGUUUUUUCCCUAUUGACUGUCAGAAAAUCCACUUGGAAAUGUAAAAAUAUAUUUACUCACCAUUAUUAUUUUAUCUUGAAUGAAAUGGUGUCAUACCUGCCUAGAAACUGAAAAUUUCAGACUAAUUCAGGUAUUAAUACCUAAAUUUUCCAUGUGAUGUUUAUAUUUUCUAUUUCCAAAUAAUGAACUGCCUGGUUCUUUGUCCCUUUCUUAAAAGUUUCCUUUUUUAGACAGAUUGUGUUGAUCAUUGAAAUGUUCUUUGUAAGAAUACAUUCCCUUCUACAUUAAAAGGCAACAUAGAGGAAUUUAUGAAAUCUGAAAACCAUCUUAAACUUUUAAGAUAUCUUUUAAGAAUUUGCCUUUCUGUUUCUUUUUACCUAAUUCGAAUAUGCAUUUAAGAAAAUAGAAGAUAAAAGAUGACUAAAAACUUCAAAGUAAAAUGAGCCUUAAGAUCUCAGGUAAGAAGUGAUGUUGAUAAAACAUCAAAAGUGAAUGGGACAUCUAGAUUGGGGAAGAUAAUGCAAAUACUUUGAUAAGUUUAUCUAAAUGCAGUCAUUCACCUGUAGGAAACUCGAACUACUCAUCGUGUCUGUAAUUUGGAAACAUCUAAUUAAUGAAUAUAAGUGUUGUUCUAGGUAUUACUGAAAGGUAGAUAGUCUAAACGAUAAAUAAUUGUAAAACUAUAAAGGUAGAAAAUACAACACUUGGGAAGAAUUUGUAAUAAAUGCAGUGUUGAAGGGCAAAUAUGAACAUAAAGGUAAUGGUCUCUUUGGGCUGUUUUGCCUUCAUCUUUGUUAAGGAUAAAAUUCCCUGACAAGUGGGCAACUAACAAUCAGGUUUGCUAUUUUUAUUUCUUUGGUAUAACAGAGUUGCACACCAGGCUAAAGAAGCAGCCCUGCAUUUAUUACACAUUGUCUACAGACGAGGCACUGUGCUAGGUACUGUAAUCCUACUUAGGUAGGUAGGUGUUUCUUCCACUGUAAAUUGUUACGGGGUUUGGUACAAAGUUGUUGGGUGUGAGUUAGCCCCUUCCCCAUGUCUGAACAUUCCUCGGGGAGGUCACCUCUGAUUUCCAGAGCCAGUGUGCUCUCACCAGGGUGUUGUAUUGGGGUAGGACUCUACUUAAGAGCUAGCCGCCAGCUCUCCCACGUAUUUCAGAGGUGAGCCCAAGAUAAUUCUCUUAAAAUAGUUUGGAGAUUUGUAAAUCUUAAACUAACCAAUCUCAAGUAGCAUUGGAGUUGUUACAUAUAUGUUAAGUUGAAUGGACUGUGUCUGUUUAAGAAAUAAACAACUAGACUAUUAACAGCUAGUUUAUUAACUACCAGAAUUGAUCAAUUUUUUAAAAAAUUUUCAGUCUUAACAUUUAAAAAAAUGUAUUAAAGUAAUACAUUGUAGUAGUAGGAUUAUUUACUCCUUGGCUGAUAAUCCCAAGUACUGUGGUUCUACUGUUUAGUGGAAAACUCUGGAAAUUGAAAUAUAGAAUAUGAGAAAAGGCUUUUUUUUUUAUAUAUAUAUGAUGGGCUUCAUUGUGUGGAGAAUGAUCCAUGUGAAUACAAAUAUUACAUAGUUCCAGAGAUUCUGGAUAUAUCUGGUACUUGGAUCAAAUUUAAAAAUGGAAGGUGAGAGUUGCAUGAGCCUAUUAAAAAGCAUAGUAAUAAACUCAAGGCCAGUUGAUGGAGAUAUGAGGCAGAAUGGAGCUUGUUUAUAGAUUUUCUGAUAAUUAUACGAAAUGUGCUUUAUAGAUUAAGAUUUAUUGAAGUAUAAAUAUGUAGUAUGAUAUAAUGUAUUUUAAGUUAUACAAGAAAUGUAGGGACUUUUGUUUGGGUCUUUUUCUCUUCGUGGCUGAGAGGAAACAAGUCAAUGUCCAAUAAAGCUAUAAACUCCUCUGCUCUAAGAUAAAAUGAUCUUGAGUUGAUUAUUUAUUUAUGACUGACUUCUUUCCAAGUAGGUUUUGAGGUGGCAUAUUUGGAAGACUGCUGGGAUGACAGAAUUCUUUUAUCCAAGUGGGUAAGAAGGGAGCACCCUCUGGCUGGGAUUUCAUGCCUUUUAAAAUCUUCUGUCUGUCUGCUGUACAAGGAAGCUUCCCUAUGAUGGAUUUGUCAUAAAUGCCAAAGACAUUUGGUAACGUGAGAGCAUAAAGAAAGUAUUAAAACUGGCAAAACUGUUUUUGUCUUUCCAGCUCUGAUGGCUGUACAUUGUUCAGAAAGGAUUCUGAGGCUUAGGCAAGGCUCUGGGGAAAAGGGACUAGAGCCCCCUCCCUCCAAAACUGGGAUGGUGGUACAUAGGAAAAGGAAGUGAUGGGCUGUGUAGUUACAUCUCUGGUUAGGCUGGAUCCUCACUAUAAAAAUUGAUUUAAAAAAUAAUUGCUUAGUGAUUUUUUUAAUUUCAUCCAGAUGGUUAUUUGUACCUAUAGAGAUAACCAGUAAUUUUGGGGAAUGCCAAGUUCUGAUGGAGUGGUAAUGUGGCAGUUGCCAAGCAGUGGCACAAUUAGGGCCCUUGUUUGGCUUUCAGGUGAGCAGUUAUGUUUGGGUGUGCAGGCUGCUGAUACCUGCCUACUAGCCACUGAGCAUUUUGCUGGUGGCUACUCAAUUUUUUUUUUUUUUUUUAUUUAGGCUCUCCACAUUAAAACCCUGUUGGCAUUUGGUCACUUAGCAGUGUGUCACAUUUUUGUAAAUUGAGGGAAGGGCUACAUGUAUUGAAAUAGAAUACAUGUCAGGGAUAGGAUUAGACAACUAUACCUAUCUUAGAAUUUAUAGACUGGGAAGCAAGAUUGACAGAUCAUGUGACUUGCAUUUGGCCAGUUAGAGGUAAAACUCAAAUGUAGUUCUGUGGACUCCAGAGGUGGUUUUGUUUUUGCUUUGUUUCAUUUUUUUAACUAUGCCAUGAGUGAUGGCUGUUAAACUUUGUUCAGUAAAUAUGUCCUUUUGUGGUUAACAAAUGUAAAACUAUCAGAUAUGGUCAUUUGAAUUUUUUACAGAAAUAAAUGAAAAAGUCUUUAGUUCUUCCAGAUUAAGCAUAUAUAUACUUAAACAAAAAUAUAUUACUAGCCAACUCUUGGUUGCUGUGUACAGGCACUGUUUGAAGUGUUUUUACCGUGGAUUCACUCUUAAUCCUCAGCCAUCAUCCCCAUUUUAUAAGUACUGCACUGGCAUUUGCCUCCCCUCCACACAAUGAUACACAUUGUUUUUCAUAGCUGUGUAUUAUUCCAUUGUAUGAAUAUACUUUAAGCAACUGUAUAUUGGUGGAUAAUUAGGAUUUUUAUGGAUAAAAAUAUAGUUAACAGCCCUAUGCACAUAUUUUGUUACCUGUGUGAGUAUUUCUGUAGGAUAUAUAGCUAGAAAUGGAUUUAUUAGGUCAAAGAAUGUACAUUUGACAUUUGAGAAAUACUACCAAAAAGACUAACAAUUUACAACUCCAUAGAUGUUAAGAGUGCCUGUUUGCCCAUGGUCCUCACCAAGGCUGAAUCCUUAAAAAUGUUUGCUAAUCUUGGAAAAUUUAUCUCAUUUUCAUAUCUUAUUAUUUGCAUUCCUUGUUGUGAGUUGUUUUUGCCAUUUUAUUUAAAUUACAGAAUGAGAAUGACUACCUUUUUGUUGCAUGAAACUUAAGUUGGUUGAUACAUAAGAGCAAAGAGACUUCCCUAGUGCUUCUAAUUGUAUUCCAUUUCCCACAGUUUAGUAUAUGUCCAUCUAGUUCCUUUUCCAUGCAUUUCUAUAUUAAUAAGUAUAACUUAUAAGUGAUUUUUACAUAAAUAAAUACAUGAGUUGUCCUGCAGCUUGUUCUUUUAGGGGGAGGGACAGGUACUGAGGUCUUUAAAUUUCUUUGGUGGUUGAAUAGGAUGAAAGUGCCAUUAUUUAAGUGUUCCCCCUCCCUUUUUCCUCUUGCUCUUACACUGCCAGUGUAAACAUCUUGAAUGGGAUCUUUGUUCAAUGUGUGAAUCUGUAGGUUGGAGUCCUGGGGUUUGCUUCCUGGUAGACCCAUUUUCGCCUUACCAAAGGCCUUUAUAACUUAUUUUCACUGUGUGGAAAGUGCUUAUUUCCCCAUAUAGUUUUACCUACACUUGGUAGUCUCUGUCUGUUGGGCAAAAAAGAAAAAAGAAACCUUCCUUAUUUUGCAUUUACUUGAUAAUGGUGAGGUUGGGGUUAUAUCCAUGUUUAUGGCCAUCUGUAGUUUUACCAUGGAGUGUUGUACCCUUUACUUGCUUUUCUGUUUAGGUUAUGUAUGGGUAUCUGUUGUUUCUUGUUGUUCAGCAUCUCUUUCCCCAUCUUCUGGAAACAGAAUCCUUAUUUAUUGUGGGGAACCCAUUCCCUGUGGCUUAGGUGAGCACAUGACCAGGCCUUGCCUCCUGAGUCCCACAGCUUCCAAGCCACAGCAAUUGCAGAAUGGGCAUGGGACUUUAGCCAGGCUAAGGAGAGCCCUCAACAGAACUUCUGGAACUACUGGAAAGAAGGCUGUCUGGAGAUCCCAAGGACCAUGGAAGCCUGAAUUUGGACCAGGUGGAGAGAAUCAGUCUGAGAAACUCGGAGGCUAGCAGAAGUGGAAAAAGAAUAAGUUCUGAUGUCAUUUUAUUCUGGAGGCCCUCGAUCCAGCUGUGCCUAAAGCCUGCCCUACCUCUGGACUUUAAAGUUUUGUGAGCCAAUAAAGUCCCUUUCUUGUUUAAGAUAAUUGAAUUGGGUUUCUGUCCUGAUUAAUAUAGGUUAUUUGUAUUUUCUUAUUGAUUUGUAGAAAACUUUGUAAUUUCAAAUUCUAGACUUACUUUAUGCACUAUAUAAGUUAAUAAAAUUAGCAUGGCCUUCCAUGAUUUGGCCUCUCUCAA